UAAACUGAAGUGCCUUUCAACUAUGUGCCCACCACUUUUGGCGCUGUGGGCCAAUUAGUAUCCGAGUGAAGGCGACCGCCGUUCUUUGAUUGGCUAAGGGGCCUCCAGUUGGGGUAGGCUGCGCGCCGGAUAUAUCUAGCCGGCUGCAGAGCACGCCGUUGCGUGAGGUGCUUGUCGUCCGCCGGGCAGGCCUGUGGUGAAGCGACGCCUCCCGCUCCCGUCCCGCUCCGCCCGCAGUUUUCAGUUGACCAAAGAAAUGGUGAUGGAGAAGCCAAGUCCCCUGCUGGUCGGGCGGGAAUUUGUGAGGCAGUACUAUACUCUGCUGAACCAAGCACCUGACUACUUGCACAGGUUUUAUGGAAAGAACUCUUCUUAUGUCCAUGGUGGCUUGGAUUCUAAUGGGAAACCAGCUGAUGCAGUCUAUGGGCAAUCUGAUAUCCACAAGAAGGUGCUGUCAUUAAACUUCAAGGAUUGCCACACAAAGAUUCGCCACGUGGAUGCCCAUGCCACCCUCAACGAUGGUGUUGUAGUCCAGGUGAUGGGAGAGCUCUCCAACAACAUGCAGCCCGUGCGCAGGUUCAUGCAGACGUUCGUACUUGCACCUGAGGGUUCUGUUGCAAACAAGUUUUAUGUCCACAAUGAUAUCUUCCGCUACCAAGAUGAGGUGUUUGGUGACUCUGACACUGAGCCUCCAGAGGAAUCAGAGGAGGAAGGGGAGGAACCUGAGGAAAGACAGCAGACACCUGAGGCUGUUCCUGAUGAUACUGGUGCUUAUUAUGAGCAGACUGUCAGCAAUGACAUUGAGGAACAUCUGGAAGAGACAGCUGCAGAAGCAGAGCCUGAGCCAGAGCCAGAACCGGAACAAGAACCUGAACAGGAGGUGCAGGAGGAAAAAUCUGAGCCUGUCUUAGAGGAGUCAGCUCCAGAAGAGACUGUGGAAAAGAGUCCUUCUCCAGCUCCUGCUGAUCCAGCUCCUGCAGUGCAAGAGGACUCCAGGACAUUUUCCUGGGCAUCAGUAACCAGUAAGAACCUCCCUCCCAGUGGAGCUGUUCCAGUUUCUGGAAUACCACCUCAUGUUGUGAAAGUACCGGUCUCACAGCCCCGCCCUGAGGCAAAGCCUGAAUCUCAGACCCCACCUCAGAGACCUCAGAGGGAUCAGCGAGUGAGGGAGCAGCGAACAAGCAUCCCACCGCAGAGGGGUCCUAGACCAAUUCGUGAGGGCGAACAAGGAGACGUGGAAACCCGUCGGAUUGUGAGAUACCCUGACAGUCAUCAGCUGUUUGUUGGGAACCUCCCCCAUGAUGUGGAUAAAACUGAACUUAAAGACUUCUUCCAAAAACUUGGCUUUUCUCUUGCAGGCUAUGGCAAUGUUGUUGAACUCCGCAUCAACAGUGGUGGAAAGCUCCCCAAUUUUGGGUUUGUGGUGUUUGAUGAUCCUGAGCCAGUUCAGAAGAUCCUUAGCAGCAGGCCCAUCAUGUUCAGGGGAGACGUGCGCCUGAACGUGGAGGAGAAGAAAACGCGGGCCGCCAGGGAGGGCGACCGCAGGGAUAACAGACCACGUGGACCCGGAGGCACUCGUGGGGGGCUGGGAGGUGGGAUUCGAGGGCCUCCACGUGGAGGAAUGUCCCAGAAGCCAGGCUUUGGAGCUGGAAGGGGGAUCGGGCAACGCCAGUGAAGGCAUCCCGGAUGUUGACACGGUGGCGCAAACCCUCUCUUCCUGCCGAUUUGUGAAUUUCAGCCUUGGGUAUCUUGGAAUGUGGCCCUAGCCUGUUAGAGACUGCUACGUUUGAUACUAUUUUGGCCCUUUUUGGUUUUUUUGUUUGUGUUAUGGUUUUGUGAUUUUACUUUUUUUGUUUUGU